AUGGGCUCCGAUGUCGAUCCUUUCAAGGUCGCAGCGGGCUUAGCCGUUGCCGUCGGAGUCGCCGCGAUCGGCGGCGUCGCUGCAGCGGUGACGGUCGGAGGCAUCAUCGUUCUGCGGGAGCAGGGCCAGUUCAUGCUGCCGUGGGAGGACAAACCCAAGGCUGCCAGGCCAGUGCCGCUGACGGUGCAGCAGUGGAGGGAUUGCUUUGACGACGCCACCGGUCGCCUGAAGGGCGGCGGCGAGACGGCUAUCGGCCGUGUCCGGCUUGGGGGAUGCGAUGCAGAGAUCAGAGCCGAGGUCUGGCCGUUCCUCCUUGGCCUGUACGAAGCGGAGAGCACGGAGGCGGAGAGGGCGCAGCUGCGCGCGCAGAGGCGCGUGCUGUACGAGGAGAUCCGCGCGAUUGCUGCGCGCGUGGCGGUGAUUGCGCGGCAGGCGGAGGAGGAGGCGACGAGGAGGAUGAGGGAGGAGGAGGAGCGGGAGGAAAGGGAGGAGCGGGAGAGGGAAGAGAGGGAGAGGAAGGAAAGAGAGGAGAGGGAAAGGGAGGAAAGGGAGAGGGAGGAGAGAGAGGAAAGGGAGGGGGAGGAGUCGGAGAGAGGAAGGAGCAACGAAGGCGGCAGGAGUCAGGAGAAAGUCAGAUCCAGCGUCAGAGGGGAUGGGGGCGGUGCUGGUGAUGGAAGUGGGAAUGGAAAUGGCGACGGUAGUGGCGAAAAUGAUGGUACCAAUGGUGGUGAAAACAGUGGGGGAGGUAACCCGAGCGACGACGAGUUCAGUGAUGCUGUGUGCGUGGACUCCGCGUGCGCCAGUCUGUCCGUAUCCACCGAGUCUUUCGUGGAUGUCGCACGUGAGGAGGCUGCUCAUGCCGCUGCCGCUGACGCCACAACUGGUUCUGGUUGUGACCAAGGUGCUGCCUCGAGUGGUGCUGCUGAUGACAAGGCCUUCCCGCCCGAAGAAGCACUAGAGGCGGCAGCAGCUGCCGGCCUGCCGGAACACGGACACCUGUCGCCGCCCCAACGGCUGCAUGCCGCCCGGCUGGUGGCGAUUUUGGAGGCAUAUGCCGUGUAUGAUCCCGAGGUGGGGUAUUGUCAGGGCAUGAGCGAUCUUCUAUCCCCGUUUGUAGCUCUUUUGGAGGAGGAUUCGGAGGCGUUCUGGUGCUUCGUGGCGUUCAUGCAGCGAGGGGGUGUGGGCAGCAGCGACUGCUCUGGCUUUGCUGACAGCGAUGGCAACAGCAGCAGUAGUAGCCAGCGCAGCGGUAGCAGCGCGGUAAACGACGGCAGUGGAAGCGACAAUCCCACCACCAUCUCUAGCACGUGCAGUGCAGGCGGUGGCGCGCGGCACAACUUCAGAACGGACGAACGAGGCAUCCGGCGCCAGCUGGCGCGGGUAGCAGCACUGCUGCGCACAGCAGACCCUCCUUUAUACGCGCAUUUAGAGGCGGUGGGGGCGGAGAGCUGCAUGUUUGCGUACCGGUGCGUAGUGGUGCUGAUGAGGCGAGAGCUUUCGUUUGAGCACACGAUGUGCCUGUGGGAGGUCAUGUGGGCCGAUGCCGCUGCCGCUGCUGCUGCUGCUAAUGUGGCCCGUGCUGCUGCUGCUGCUUCUGCUCCCCCCGCUGUUGGUGCGGCUCCCUCUGCUAGUCCUGCUGUUGUUCCCGCUGCUGCUGCAACCGUCGCUCCCACUGCUGCUGCUGCUGCUGUUGCUGGUGCCGAUGCGGCUGCUGGUGGUGCUGUGGCCGAUGCUGGCACUGAGGGCAGUGGAACCGGAGCAGAUAAAGGUGGGGACUCGUCAGGCGCCACACGCAACGAGGUAGAGACUGGGGAGGAUUGCGAGUGGGAGAAGGUAGAAGCGGAGGAGGCAGAGGACAAGGGAGAGGAGGGAGGGGAGAGCAAGGGAGAGGAGGGAGGGGAGGGGGAAAGGGAGCGCUGGGAGAGGGACGACGAGAACGCUCCUCUGCUGGACAACGGAUGGGGCGGUGCUUUUGGCUGGGCGGCUGGUGAUAAGAUCUCUGGUUCCUCUGACGUCACCACCACCACCACUGCCACCGCCACCACCAGCAGCAGCAGCAUCAGCACAAGUAACACAUCUACAGGCAAAGUUACAAGCAGAGACACGAGCAGGGAUACAAGCAGGGAUACAAGCAGUGUGAGCGGCAGCAGGAGGAAGAAGGCGUGGCAGGAGUGCCGCCCACGCCCGGACUUCCUGCUCUUUGUGGUGGCGGCCAUUCUGGUGAGCCGCAGGGAGCAGGUGCUGUGCUGCGAGGGGCUGGACGAGGCAGCUCGCCGCUCGCCUGCCUUGAGAGGCUCAAGGGGAGCCGGGAGCCGCAGUGAGCAGGUGCUGUGCUGCCAGGGGCUGGACGAGGUGCUGCUGCUGUGCAACAGCCUGUCGGGGCAGCUGGACGUGUGGGAGCUCAUGCACUGCGCCAGGCAGCUCGCUGCUCGCCUUCCUUAG